AUGCCCAACCCCAGGAUAUGCCUUCUGGUUGCGCUUAUUGCGACUAUGGUCGCGAACACAAGCACCAUGAGAGUCCUUUGGAUGGGAGGAGACGACAAACCGGAUUCUACCAUGAAACGCAAUGGUGACAAGCCAAGAGCAGGGUACGAUGAUAGCACGGACAAGCUGCUGCAGGCAGCGAUCAGGAACAUAGAUCAGCUCACGAGCGUCGCAAGGGAGUUGUCUCAGGAGAACAUCAGCCCGGCUGUGUUGAAAUCUGCUUCAAGGACUGACCUGCCAUCCUUGAAUGGGAACAAGGCCAACCAGCCUAAACCUGUGCAGAACUAUCAGCCGCAGUGGAGCGAGCAGCCGCAGGAGCAGCCGAGGGCUCCUCCUCAACAGUGCGCUCUGACCUUCCGGCUCAAGAAUGAUAUAACCCAACCCGGCGACACGGUCCUCGUCGUCGGAAACGUUCCAGAGCUGGGCGAAUGGAAGCCGCAGCGCGCGGCAAAGCUGAGCACGAACUCGGGGAGUUUCCCGUACUGGAACGUGGCGAUUACGUUGCGCCCGGGCUUCUCGCUCGAGUACAAGUUUGUGAUCCAAAAGAGCGGUGGAGAACUAGUAUGGGAGAAGGGGGAGAACAGGAAGAUCAAGGUCCCUGUGUCCUCCAAGGCUACUGCUGAGAGCGCCUUCGGGGAGAAGGGAGAGCGAAUCUCGGGAGUGGAUGCUGCUGUGGUGGAAGCCAGGGCCCCCUCUCCCCCAGCUGCCAUCGCCUUGUAUGAGCCGGAGGCUCCGAUGAAUCAAGAGUCGGCGACGCUGCACCUGCGCGUCAAGUGCACGACGAACCCUGGGGAGAGCGUGUUCGUGUGCGGAGGUCACCCGUCAAUCGGAGGAUGGGACCCGGUGAAGGCCGUCAUGCUGAAAACCAACAAGGAUGACUAUCCCCAUUGGAGCGGCACCAUCCAAGUCCCCGUCUCCGCGACUCAGAAGGAGAACAUCCGCUACAAGUACGUCGUCAAGGACUCCAACGGGCAGUCUCGCUGGGAGGAUGCGAUCGCAGACAGGGUCCUGAUGCAGGAGAGCAAGAAACCAGGCGGAGUCCUCAGCAUCAACAUGCACACGUACGUCGACGAUGGAUCCUUCAACUGCCUGCAAAGGGUCUGCACGUACGUUCGUGACGGCAAGGAGAGGCCGCGCACGCCCAGCACGGCUCUCGCCACUACUCCUCCUCCUCAGAUCCCAGCAGGUAUGCAGGUGGUCAGCAUUGACCAAGUGCGGCAGUGGGAGGCGAGGGUGGCGGAGCUGGAGGAUGAGUGCGAGUCGCUGAGGGAGAGGGCCCGUGCUGCGGAGGCGUCGGAGAGGAGAGUGAAUGAGGAGAUCAUGGAGCAGAUGAAGUUUGUGGAGGAGCUGCUGCAGCGCAUGAAGAAGAUGGAAGAGACUGUGACGACGCUCGAGGAGACCAAGGACGUUCUCAUCACCCGCAGCGAGUCGAUGAACAACUUGCAAGCUAUGGGCAGCCCCCCAAGCGCAACCAAGAGCGCCAAGGAGGGGAUCGCAGACUCUAUAGAAGAAGGACUGGCGAACGCGAAACAGAUUCUCAACAACAUCGACCGUCAGUUGACUCACAACCAAGCAUCUUCCGUCCGAGCUUGA